AUGGAGUCCUCCACGUUACAGCUGUUGGAUAGCACCGACGCCGUCGUGCGGCUGCGCCACGUGCUCGCCACGCAGCUGCAGCAUGGCUGGAUGGACCUCGCCGCCGCUCGUUACAGUCACGCAUCGUCGCCUCUGGGCGACGGAGGGCUGAUGCAUCUCGUCGGGUGUGCGACGGCGCACAGGACGUCGCCAGGAACGAGAUCUGCGGCGGGUGUGAGUCACGGGAAGCCGUUACCCCUUGCGGGAUUGGCGCAUCCCACCCUGCGAUCGGCGCAGAGCAGAUUCGCACUUGCGCUCGCCGUGGCUGUGGAGGUGGCGUCCUUGCAGCAACAGGUGGCUCGACUUGGGAAGCAGGAUCAGCAGGAACCAAAGGAAUUGCAGCAGCAGCAGCAGCAGCAGCAGCAGAAGCCAGAUGUGAUUAAAAGCACAGGGGCACUGCCAGAUGCGGAAGAAGCCGCCCAUUUCAGCUGGCCCACUGUGCUGGCUUGUCUUUUUGCGGCUGGAUUCACCCUGGGGCCGCCUCUGGACGGCAUUCACUCCGUUGUGGGCCUUCAGGUGUACGACGUGAAUGGGGGGCUCAUAAUAGGAGGUCCAGACGGCCUCUACACGAGUGUGUGGGUCUUCCCUCUGCUGGGAGCCAUGUACGCUGUCGUUGGCGCCCUGCAGCUACUCGUCGACCAAUCCGCCUUCAAUUCGGGGUCUCAACGUCUGGAUAGCUCUCCUGCUCUGGGAGUGUCGUCCUCUCAUACUGCUGCCUCACCUCGGGAAGAGCUGCAACCAGGACCAGCAUCUUCCACCUCCUCUUCCUCCUCUUCCUCCUCCUCCUCCUCCACCUCCUCCUCCUCCACCUCCUGGUUCUCCCUCGCCUCCUCCCCUCCCAGGGGCUCCUGGUUGCGCCUGCUGAGCUGCAUGGGUGUGCUCAUCAGCCUCCUCCACUUCAGCUCCCAGCUCUUCAAGGGUCAUGCCAUCCCCUCUACAGGCAUCUUCGCUAUCCUCGCCCUGUGCGCCCAUGCCAACUGGUUUGCCUUUGACCGCACCCUCCCUGGGUACCUCCUCGCUCUCUUUGUCGCCGUGGGUGCACCAGCCUCAGAAGUGCUCAUAAUGAAGUACUUGGGGCUCUGGCACUACACUGAACCAGACAUCUUCAUUGCAGGAGAGGUGAGGCACCUGGGGUGGCCGCUGGUAGGGGCCUGGUCUCCUGGACUGCCUGCUGCUACUUCGUCUACACCCAAUGGGUGCCCACUGUGGCCCGCACCUUUGCUGCCUCGCUGUCUCACACCACCUCACACCACUUCUUACCUGUCUGCUUGCUGUUAUCCUGUUAUCCCCCCUCCUCCCCUCCCGACCAGGGCCUUGUCUCCUGGACUGCCUGCUGCUACUUCGUCUACACCCAAUGGGUGGCCCCUGCCCCCUCUCCACCACCUCACACUGUUUCGUGUCUACCUCUUUGUCUGCUGCUCUUUACUUGCCAUCCCUCCUCCCCUCCCCUUUCACCACCAGGGCCUUGUCUCCUGGACUACCUACUGCUAUUUCCUCUACACCCAAUGGGUGGCCACUGUGGCUCCUGCUUCCCACCACCUCACACCGCUCUGUACCUGCCUGCUUCCUUAUGCACCCCCCAAUACAGGGCCUUGUCUCAUGGACUGCCUGGUGCUACUUCUUCUAUACCCAGUGGGUGGCAACUCAGCUGGGAAGCCGUUUCUGAGCCAACUCAAUAAUCACCUCUUUCUUCCCACCUACCUCAAUAAUCACCUCUUUCUUCCCACCUACCUCAAUAAUCACCUCUUUCUUCCCACCUACCUCAAUAAUCACCUCUUUCUUCCCACCUACCUCCAUACCACCCACCUUUCUCCCCAUCUACCUCCAUACCACCCACCUUUCUCCCCAUCUACCUCCAUACCACCCACCUUUCUCCCCAUCUACCUCCAUACCACCCACCUUUCUCCCCAUCUACCUCCAUACCACCCACCUUUCUCCCCAUCUACCUCCAUACCACCCACCUUUCUCCCCACCUGCCUCCAUACCACCCACCUUUCUCCCCAUCUACCUCCAUACCACCCACCUUUCUCCCCAUCUACCUCCAUACCACCCACCUUUCUCCCCAUCUACCUCCAUACCACCCACCUUUCUCCCCACCUGCCUCCACCCCACCCACCUUUCUCCCCACCUGCUUCCAUUCCACCCACCUCAUUUGAGAAACCACCUCCUAAGUCAAACCGAAACUCACCUCGUUCUCCCCACCUGCCUCCACCCCACCCACCUUUCUCCCCACCUUUCUCCCCACCUGCUUCCACCCCACCCACCUAUCUCCCCACCUGCUUCCACCCCACCCACCUAUCUCCCCACCUGCUUCCACCCCACCCACCUAUCUCCCCACCUGCUUCCACCCCACCCACCUUUCUCCCCACCUGCUUCCAUUCCACCCACCUGUGUCGGUCCAAAAAGCCCCUGUAUUGCUGA